ACAUGUGGUGACAUGGUUGCUUUAUGUACCCUGGGACACCCUUCUGACCUGUGUACUACUCAGCACGUGUGUGUGCGUCCAUAUGUUCUCCUGACGUCUCAAGUCUGUAAUCUCAUUCUGUCAGAAGGAGUUUAACACACGCAGCCAGUUGUGCAUUUCUGCUGAGCAUCGCUCACACAACCUUACAACAAACACACACACUGCUGUAAUAGACUUGAAAUCCAGACCUGAAAUCAUGGAGGUUGUUGCAUGUUCCAUGGGCAGCAGCACUAGCAGUCUCUACAGUGCCCUGGCUAAGACCGUCAGCAGACCUGCUCUCCCUCACCCGUGUGACUCCACUUACAAUCCAGGUAACGAUCUGGAUCUGGAUCAAGACCCAGCGGACCCUUUGGAGCUGCUGCGGGAAUGUAGAGAGGUUUUGAGAAACCGGCCAGCCCAGCUGCAGAGAGCUUUCGUUCAGACCGGGCAUGGAGACGCCAGGCAGACGAUCAGAAUUAUGCAGUGGAAUGUACUUGCACAAGCAUUAGGUGAAGGCAUGGACAGUUUUGUGCAGUGCCCCAUGGAUGCUCUGAACUGGGCUGAAAGGAAGUAUCUGAUCCUGCAGGAGAUCCUAACCUACAGACCUGACAUCAUUUGCCUACAGGAAGUUGAUCACUACUUUGACAUGUUUCAGCCUGUCCUGGCAAGUUUGGGCUACCAGAGCAGUUUCUGCCCCAAACCGUGGUCUCCAUGUCUGGAUGUGGAGAACAACAACGGCCCAGACGGCUGUGCUCUGUUCUUCAAUCACAAACGCUUCCAGUCACUUAACACAACACACUUACGACUGUCCGCCAUGAUGUUGAAGACCAAUCAGGUGGCGAUCAUCACCACUCUACGCUGCCGAGCAACAGAACGUGCGUUUUGUGUCGCAGUGACGCACCUGAAGGCACGGAGUGGUUGGGAGGUCCUACGCAGCGCUCAGGGCUCGGAUCUGCUACGGAACCUACGAAACGUUGCACAGAGAAUCGAGACCGAAGAAAAAACAGAUACCGACGUACCUCUGAUCGUAUGUGGAGAUUUUAAUGCGGAGUCGUCAGAAGACGUCUAUAGGAAUUUCGCAACAUCUAGUCUGGGAUUGGACAGUGCGUAUAAGCUUUGA